AAAGCAUUUGUGCUUAGGGCACCCAAAUGGCUAGCAACGGCCCUGUUCAUGAACAGGAGUGAUGUUUGCUGUUUGGCACUGAUCCAGCAGGACACCUGAGAAAACAGACAAGUAGCUUCUAAAUAAAUUGUGCAGAGCAGAAACCAACACAAUAUUAGUCAUUUGAUUGUAAUCUUAUACCUAAUCGGUGUAUAUGUAUAAACUCUUUCCCAAGAAACCCGAAUGUUUGAAACAUGUUUCAGACUGUUUGCAUUAAAGCGCCCUCUGGUGGAACUCCUCUCCCUGAGCUAAAAACUUUAAAUCAGGAAGCCCCUCGUAUGUUAAUCAGUUUCUGGAGCUCUGAGAAAGUUUUACAAAUGUAAAUCAUCCAAGAAUUCAAAACACAUUAUUCAAAGUCUAAUGUUUAUAUCAGGAGGUUUUCUUUAACAGUCAAUAAAUCUAUGAAGGAAAUUUUUUGUUUGUUUUUGUUGAAAUACCAAAAGUGAACAGUUCUGCCAAUAAUAUAAUAGUAUGGCACACGGUGACAGGUUAAUCUGUCUGCAGGUUCAAUCAUGGCCUGUGCUGCCAUCUACUGAGUUAUAGCUGCAGCCUGACCUGGAGAGAAGGUAGGAAGAAAAAUGUUGUCAGUGCUCACCGUCUUUUUAAUGAGGAGGGACUGGCAAAGAAUGAAUCCUGUGGUCAAAGACAGAGAAGGAAAUGAGAUCUCUGCACAGAGGGAGGGGGGAUACAUUCAGUCAGUCAGAGACGGAGCGGCUGAAUGAACACAGCUCACUAAGCCACGAAUCUCCCUUUAUCUCACAGCCCUGCAUUUCUGAUUAGAGUUGGGAGAAACCCCAAACAAAGGUGCUGUUGGCAGCGCUGCGGCAUCCAGGGUCAGGGCCCUGCAACCCGGUCAGCUGAUACUCUAACAUUUAGGAAUCAGAUUUCUAUUUUCAUCACUCAAGUAAUGUUAGGUUCAUGGUUUAGCUACAAAGAGCUUUAUUAAAAAAUUUAGCAGUUUGCUGAGACCAAACCAGUCUUAGAUACGCGUGAGUUAGGAGGACACACAACAAUCAGAUCACCAGAACAAAAACUCAGCAAAGGUUUAAGAAUCAAAAUAAUAAUUACAUCUUAUGGUUCUUUUCUGAUGCCCCAAACAUAGCUUGGUUAUCAUAAAUAAACACAGUAGUGUUUACUCCAUGAAUAAACUUUGCUGUCCACUGAAUGCACUGAAUUAUUAAGAGUGUGAAACAGCCUCACAUGUUACACAGGGAUGUAAUGGCAUUUGCUGAAACACACUGAUCUUUACAAUCACGGCUCGUGUUUUUUGGUUUUGUUUUUGUUUUUUUUAAACAGCAGCGCGAUGACUGUCAUUGGCCAGCAGGUGUCAGUCUGACUGUGAACUGUCUCAAAUAUAGCCUGCUUACGUUAGGUGGAGUGUGUCGCAUCUUUUAAUAAAGAAAAUGCUUUCUUUUCCAGCAGCUGCAGGGCUCCAGCUGUGAUAUUUUGUUUUUUCAAAAAUGCUUCACGCUCUUCUUCUCUUGUGCCUUCAGACUAUCCAGAUGGCUGCAUUAGAAGGUGAGUGGCUGUUUUUUAAGAGGAAGAGGAUGAUCUCGGUCCACCAUCAAAGACAUAUGACUCGGGACUUUCUAUUGGAACGCUUUUUGGGACAUCCAGCUGUUCCAAUCUAAACAUUAAGCUGGCAGCUUAGACAUCUGCUAAUACAUACAAUAAAAUGUGAGCUAAUUUAUAAACGUGCUUUUAAUAUUUAGUGUCUGUUUCAUUCGUCAUAUACACCCGUUUUCUUCUGCUUAUGUGGGGCCUGGUUUUCAUAUUUAUAGUAAAAUGGGUUUUUUUCUAAGGUUAAAAUGUAAAGACAUGGUGUGGAAGAUAAAACAUAAAAUAAAAUGAGGUGGAAUAUAAUUGAUAAAUGAAAGCAAUUUAUUUAAUUAGUAACAUUUUUAUGUUUAAGUAUCUGAAAAGAAGGCAAAAGAUUUAUUCCUCACACUGAAACAGAACACAGAGCUGCUCGGCAGCAGCAAUACAAAUGCUGCCACAUCAGAAAUAAAUACUUUUCUUUUUCUUUUUUUCUUCAUACAUGAGAAUAAUAUAUGGAUGUCAUCUAAGAGAGGGAGUUGGCUAAAGAAAAGGGGGGACAAAAUUCACUGGCAUGCAAUGGUGAUAUAUAAACAUGUGGGGAGUGAAAACAUUUCCAAUAUAUUUUUAAAUAUUUAUAUUUAACAUAUUAAAUAUUUUAAAUAAUGAUUUUGAAUUUAUUUUUAAAUACUUAUAUUUUCUCAGCCCACCUACCUGUCUGAGCUGCUUUACACCUACUUAUGAGCGGUCACAUGAAGGUCAACUUGAGAAAUUACCCCAGACUUUAUCAAUCAAUAGCUAAGAGUGUGUUUACAUGAAAGAGGCAGCGUUCCCAUGUUUAUAAUUCUGACCAAUCAGAAACAGACACAGGUCUAUUGUCAGCAGAGCCGCUGAUUUUCUGAAGAUGAUUAAACAUGUCAGAGGUUAGACACAGACUAAGCAGCAGCUAUAACAGAAGGGUACAUAUUACUAAUCUGUUUGUGUGUGUGUGUGUGUCUGUGUGUGUAGGUGUGUGUGUGUGUGUGUGUUUAGCUCACACAGAAAUCAAAGUGAAGCCUGGACAAGAGGCCACCUUUCACUGUGCGUGUCCCAGAGCUGCAGCCAUCACCCUGCUGGAGUGGAGCAGACACGGCCUCGAUUCUUUGUUCUAUCGUAACUCGUUUCAAAGAUAUCAGCCUCAGUCCUUUAAAGACCGAGUGGAGUUGAAGGAUGGAGACCUCACUUUGAUUCUGAAGAACGUCACCAUCAACGAUAACGGCACGUACAAGUGUCGGAUUGUGUUCAGGAACAAAAACAGCACAGAGAGACCGUUCAGUGGCAUUAAGUGCUUCAUCAACCUCACAGUGACGGCCUCGGACCACACAGAUGUCAAAGUGAGGUCUGGACAAGAUGUCACUCUUCAGUGUCGGGGACCCACAGAUGCAGAUAUCACAGCAUUAGAGUGGAGCAGACCCGAGCUCGUGUCAGAGGGUUAUGUGUUCUUCUUCCAAAACCAGCACUCAGAUGAGAACUAUCAGCACAAGUCCAUCAAAGGCCGAGUGGAGCUGAGAGACUCAUCCACGAAGGACGGAGACGUUUCCAUCAUUCUAAGGAACAUCAGCAUCAGCGAUACGGGAAUAUAUGAAUGUAAGAUUACAACCAAUCACACCAUCUAUGGUGAGAGAGUCAUCAAGGAGUUCAGACACUCCAUCAACCUCACAGUCACAGACUCAGGUUUCACAGAUGAAGACACAAAUAGUGGAGGAGACAAGGGUGGAGGAGAUUGGGAUUGGACUCUUUUAUUAAUAGUUUUUCUGUCAGUUUGGGCUGUGUUUGUUGUUCCUGCUGUUUCUGCUGUCAUCAUAAUUACCUACAAGGAACAAAAGCCGUUAUAGCAACAUCCUCCUGAAAACAAUGGCUGCCAUGCUUUUCCACAAGGACGAACGUCCAGAGGACUGGACCUUGGAUUUAGAGUCUGAGCGUACUCCUAUAACAUCAGGAGUUUAAAGCAUCAUUUGACUCUUCUUCACAAAAUGGGUCAAGCAUCUGCAAAAUCCAGAAAAUCUGCCAACACCAGAGGGAUUUUUGGAGGAUCGGGUGAUGAAGAUCUAUGAAGUGGGAGUGAGCGAUAAUGCUAUUUUAUUUUUAGCUUUAUUUUUUCAAGGAAACUAAAUGUAUGACAGUGCUAUAGCAAUAAUAUCACAAUUUGAUCAUUUUAUAUUAUGUAAAAAUUCUAUAGUGCAGUGUAUGAUAUGGCAAAGUCCUGCUACGAAGAUAAAAUAUGCAACAUGGUAAAUUGUAAAUAGUAGGGGUGCAAUAUCGAUACGAUAUCGAUAUUGCACCGUUCGAUACAGUGCUUUCGUUUCGGUACGCAUAUGUAUCGAACAAUACAAAAUUUUUAAUUUAUUUUAUCAACUUUUCCUCUGACGAUGCUGUCUGUGU